AUGUCGUUCCUCGAUGAGAUAUUUGGCACAGACGGACGAAAACACAAGGACGAAGGGAUCUGGAACUGGGUCAAGAACCAGCGCAUCAAGCGCAAACUCAAGAAGGCCGAACAGGCCGCUGCUCUGCACAACAACCACCCCACAACACCCCCUGUUAGUUCCACGUUCUCAUCUGCAUCCUCUGCGACAGGCGGCCAUACCCAUACCCAUACUCACAACCUUUACUACCAUCAACACCACCACCCCGAGUCCACACAACAUACUCGCCCUCUCUCGGUGAGCUCUGCAGCCAGCACCUCCCACGCGUCCUUUUAUUGCUCCCCACGAUCGCCUACUUCUACCUUCACUCCUUCAACCACCCCCUCUACUGCCUACUCUUCCCCUCGCGACAGCGCCUACUUUCGACGACCUGCCUCUGUCAACUCUUCCACGACCACAGCAGUAGGAUCAACAACGCCGCCCAUGGACGUCUACAACAGUCCAAAGGCACACCAGCUGCCCUACACACAUUCCAGGCAGAGAGCCCAAAGUACCUUCACCUUGCCCGCCAUGAUCAUCGAGUCGUCGUCAGCACCAAGGAGGAGUACAUCCUCUCGGCAACAGCGAUCUCAGCACUCUGACGAUUAUCGUCAGAGCUAUAACCCUCGCUCUCAACAUAUCAAUGGCUACUAUGAUGAUGAUGAGGGACCCAUUCGGCGCUCAGCCUCGUCUAGAUCGGCACCCACCUGCUACUACUCCCAGUCCCAGCCUCAGUUCCAGUCUCGCCACCUUCAGCAACAGCAAAUGGAGGAUGAAGACUAUGCGAACCUGUGCAGUAUUGAGUCACUUUCCAACUCUGGCCAGUCGUCGCCGUACAACAGCAGCAGUGGGAGCACCAGUAGUAGCAGUAGCAAUAAGGGGAAGGGAAUCCAACGAGAACGAGACCAAGAAGAGACUAUUGACGAGAUCACGGAGGUCGACGACGAGGACUCGAGCAUUGGGGCUGAUUCCAUCCUGUCCUCCCCCUCUUCCACCACCAAUCCCGGUCGUCGUCGUAGUAUGGUGAUGGUUGUUGAUGAUGGUAGUGACAGUAGUACUCCCCAGGCGGCGAGACGGAGGAGUGAGUCGACCCUUUCCUUCCACCACAAGAAGGAAGAUGGUUGGUGGUGGGAGUAA